CAGCAUCCUCGCCGUCAGGCGAGGAGGAGGAGGAGGACGGAGGCCCCGAUCCUUUUUCAAUGUCGGAAAAGGCACGGGCUAGAUACCAGGCGAUAUUUUGCAAAAUCGACGCCACGGGGACUGGAUCAUUGAGCGGAAAGCAGGUUAUAGGGUUGUUCGCCAAAUCAGGGCUUGAUAAGACAGCAUUGGCGGUCAUUUGGAGGUUGUCAGAUCUAGACGAAGACGGAAGCCUCACAGCAGAAGAGUUCGGGAUCGCUUUCCAUCUCAUCUUUUGCGCAACCCAACGCAAGCUGAACGUGCCGAAUGAGCUUCCCCACAGCCUGUGGCCAGCUGGGUAUGAACCACCGUCGUUCCUCGCUCGGCGUGAGGAGGAGGCGGAGAAAAAGCGAAGACAGGAGGAGCAAGAGCGACGACACAGGGAAAAGACAGUAGCCGGCAGUAGCGGGAAGUCAAACAACGAUGCCGCUGCAGGCACCACGAAGAGGAAGAAAAAGGACAAGAGUAAACAGAUCGGGGCAAGCAAGAGAGGCACUGAAGUAGCUGGCGGAGGAAUCGGCAACGAGAAAACAGAGGAAGACAAUAAGAAGGAGGAGCGUGAGCUGAAAGCCGCGAGGGAGGCCGCUUCGCUGCAGAAGAGGGAGGAACUGGCCAAGAAACGCGCCGAGAAACGCGCAAAAACAAAGAACAAGAAAACCCGGAGUAGACACAACAUGAAUGACGCCGCAGUCGACAGAGGAGCUCCUGUAGCACCGACGCAGAAAACUGAAGUAGAUGCCGUGAAGCAACCACCUGCAAACGACAAGGUGUCGAACGAUGAAGCUGCCGAAAACGCGGCUUCUCCGAGAUCAAACGCGAGUGACGUCCCGUCUUCGGUCGGUGGAGGUGGCGCGACCCAAACCGACCACUCGGGGGGUCCGAAGAAAAAGAAAAAGAAGAAGAAAACCGAGAGGUCGGAUAUCAACGGCGGCGACAAUGGCGCAAACAGCAGGCCGGAAUCUCCCGGAACACUGAUCGGUCCCCUGACCGUGGCUGAGAGGCGUGCGAGGAAAGCAAAAGCACGCGCAGCCAAGAUCGACGCAGCCAAGCUUCAGAAAGAGACGGCCGCGAGGGAUGGGAGGAUGGCAGAGCUGGAUCUGCAGGACUCUUCGAAGACAUUCACUGUGAAGGCGAUGGACCCUAUGAAGACAUCCCAAGACAACGACCUUCACAUGCUGCCAGAUCUCGGGGAGGGGCCUCUGUCCUUGGCGCGGCUGAGCGCCCCCUUGCCGCAUCUAACACUACACCCGGGACGGCCACCAUGCAUCCAGCCCCAAGAAUUCAGCGUGUCGUUCCCGUCGGGCAUCAGGCGCGCCUCGUCGCUCACUCCGUCCCUGGAAGUGAGGCUGGGUCCACCGAAGGCGUCACUUGAGCAGGUUGCUGGCGUUACGGAUGGAAACACCGACGACAGAGCAAGUGACGGUGACGGUUUGAUCAGGUGUCCCGAAUGCGCGGAGCUCCUGAGGAGCUCUCAGAUCGUCCAGCACAUCCGGUCGACGUGCAGGCUGCUCCCAUGCACCCUCUGCUCGCGCCUCCUCCUGCCCGCCGACCGGGAGCGGCACGUGGAGGAGGCGUGUCCAAACCGCCGUCGGAGCUGCAUGCGCUGCGGGGAGGCGGUCGUCGUCAGCGAGUUUGCCAGGCACGAGGCGGAAGGAGGCUGCGCGCGCAGGGUGGUGCCGUGCGCGGCGUGCGGGGAUUUCUGUCCCGCCGACGACUUCCGAGAGCACGGGAUGGCCGAGCAUGCUUCGUCGCUGUGCCGGAACAUGACCUGGGCGUGCGGGUGUGGCGAGGGUCCAUUCGCUCUCUCGGAGAGACCGGAGCAUCUCAAAACCUGCGACGCGUUCAUCGACGCGUGGGAAGCUUCGAUCGAGAAGGUGAUCGCCAGAAUGCCCAAGAUCGAGGUGGUCCGCAAAAUUGGAAAGGUUAUGAUCGCGACCCGCGUGGAAGAUCCGGGCGUAGCGCUACUUGCGCUUGCUGAGUCCAGAGGGAGUGUCUCCCUAGCUGCUAGGAGAGUGGCAGAUAAAAGGGCGUACAUCGACGAGCUCUGCCUGGCCGCCGAUAUCGUGAACGUCGAGGUCUUUCUAAGGGCGCUCAGGAAGCCCGGAAAAAGGGUAUCAGGGGCUCUUUGGUGCGCAGGCCUACCGUGA